GGCUGGGAAGAUGGCGGCUGCGGCCAUGGCGGCCGUGGCAACUUGGCUACCGUGCCGCAGGUGGGGCAGGCCCGCCGUAUCCUGCGACUUCCACCGUGUUUUCAGCACCUUGUUUGCGCGGGAGCCGCACGGAGCUCCACGGGAGCUGCCUGGUCAGUUUCCGAAAGCUUUCAGACAAAAGACAUCAUACUCUUACCUUAGUCGACCUGGCCUUCCAAACCUGGCUUAUAAGAAGCUAAAAGGCAAAAGUCCAGGAAUUAUCUUCAUCCCUGGCUUUCUUUCUAAUAUGAAUGGCAUAAAAGCAUUGGCCAUUGAGGACUUUUGCAGAUGUCUAGGUCACGCCUAUAUAAGGUUUGAUUACACUGGAGUUGGAAAAUCAGAUGGCAACGUAAAAGAAUGCACAGUGGGAAAAUGGAGAAAAGAUGUUCUUUCUGUAAUUGAUGAAUUAGCUGUAGGACCACAGAUAUUAGUUGGAUCUAGCCUUGGUGGCUGGCUUAUGCUGCAUGCCGCCGUCGCACGGCCGGAAAAGGUGGUUGCUCUUAUUGGUAUAGCUACAGCUGCAGAUGGCCUCGUGACGCAGUUUAAACAACUUCCUCUUGAGGCUAGAAAGGAAAUAGAGGAGAAGGGCAUGUGGACUUUUUCAUCAAAAUACAGUGAUGAAGGAGUCUAUAAUAUUCAGUACAGUCUCAUCAAAGAAGCCGAAUACCACUGCUUACUCCAUUGCCCGAUUCCUGUGAAGUGCCCCGUCAGAUUGCUGCACGGCAUGAAGGAUGACGUCAUCCCUUGGCAUACAUCCAUCCAGGUUGCUGACCAAGUGAUCAGCACAGAUGUAGAUGUCAUUCUCAGAAAAUACAGCGAUCACCGAAUGAAGGAAAAAGAAGACAUUCAACUUAUUGUUUAUACUAUUGAGGACUUAAUUCAUAAGCUGUCAACCAUAACCUGUCAACAGUAGUUACGUAGAGUCACAAUUGGUAUAUCAACUAAAUGAGCAGAAGAUAAAAUGAAUAACAAAUGAAAAACGUAAUACUUAGGCUUUCCUCCCUUUUAUUCUACUUUGUGAAUAUCAUAUGGCUGUUUAUUUAAUGAUGUAUUUGCACAAGUGAUACAGUAGUGAAGAAAGUACCAGAUGCUGAUAGAAAACCUUUCUCUUUCAAGCCUUGGAUUUUUUCCAUUUGAACAUUUCCUUUUUUUUCUUUCCUCCCUGGCCCCAGACACCUAAACAUUUCCUAUUUUUUAAUUGAAGAACAGAUAUUUAUGCUUUAAUGCUUAUGUUAACUGUGCCAGCUCAAGUGUUAUGUUUAAAAUUGUUAAUAGUUUCUUUUCAUUUUUUUAUUAUCAGUAGAUAUGGAGAUACUUGCAAUCCUGAUCUUAAAAUAAAAUUCACAAAACACAGAAAAAUAUUUAUGAAAUAAAUAUGAAAUUUUUAGCAAGUGUUUCAAAGCAUUGCAAAGCUCAAAGCUACAUUUUAU